ACAUUAUUAAUUUUAUUCGCUUUUAUAAUACAAAAUGAUUUAAUGGUUAGAGCACAAUACGAACCACUGGCGGAACUUUGGGGAGUAGAAAUUAAAAAAGUACCAGAGCUAUUACAAAGAGAGGCAAAAUUAAUUAUGAUAGACGGUAAAUUACAACCGUUAUUAAAUGAUUUAUAUUUUGGAGGAACAUAUGUAGAUGUAAAGGCGAAUAAAAUAAAUAUCAAUACGGUAGACCAGUCUAAGGUCGAAGAA